GUUUAUGAAUUGAUGGGGAAAUAAUAAGGGUAAUAAAAGAGGUGAGAGUGAGGGAUCGGUUUUGUAUAAUAGGGGUGGCAUUCAAUAUCUGACCCACGUUUGGGACACCUUUUUCAGAAUUUCAGCUGCACUGCUUUCUCUUCUGCCACAUAUCCCUCACUCUCUCUCUUUGUCACACUGUUCUUUUCCACCAUCAUUUUUCAUCCAUCAAGCUGUUAUUAGUAUUUAGUUACACUCAAAACAAUUUACUGAAUCCUUUCUUCUGCAGUCUCUUUCCCCUGAUGAGAAGAUGGGGUUAACUCAAGUCUGUGUCUCCUGCCACAACUAUAGACAAACCCUCCUAUGCUUCAUUCUCUUUGCUAUUCUAUUCACGGCCAAAGCAAGACCAGUUUCUUCCACUCUUGCAGAACCUGCUCAGAUGGUUGUGGCAAAAUCUCAGAUAGGUUCUAGGCCUCCCAAGUGUGAAAAAAGAUGCAGUACUUGUGAGCACUGUGAAGCAGUUCAAGUCCCGGUUACACCUCAAAUUCAAACUCAUAGAAGUCAUUAUUCACCUGCAAAAGCAACCGUGGUUGUUUCUAUCUCAUCAAGAGGUGAUGACCUUUCAAAUUACAAGCCAAUGUGUUGGAAAUGCAAGUGUGGGGAUCACCUUUUCAAUCCAUAAAGGGGGAACUGGCAUACAUAUUUGCUUGGGAAUCAACAAUUCAAAAAAUGUGUAUGAUUUCAAUUAUUUACAUAUCAAUUCCUCUUCAUGCUUGUAUAUUGUAGAUAUUUGGCAAUUAUAGUCCAUAGUUGUGGCUUCCAUUUGCUUAAAGUUAAACCACUUUGUUUUUUUUUUGUUA